AGGAAGAGCACGCGGACGCUCGGAACAUGGAAGGCGGCUGCCAGUCUCCGCCGCAGGCGCAAGAGGAAGAGGUGGAAGCCUGGCUUGACGACCACGGGGACUUCACCCGCUCGUACUUUGUUCGGAAAGCGACAAGAGAGAUGGUCAAUGCAUGGUUUUCUGAGAGAGUUCAUACCAUUCCAGCGUGCAAGGAAGGAGCCAAACCCCACGGAGAAGCUUGUUCUUGUCCCAGUCACCAGACAACGCGGGCUGAGGGUGGAAACCCUUCACCUCCAACCAGGAAGAUAUCUGCGUCUGAAUUUGACAGACCUCUUCGGCCUAUUGUUGUCAAGGAUUCUGUUGGAACAGUGAGCUUCCUGUCAGAUUCUGAAAAGAAGGAGCAGAUGCCUCUCCAAUCUCGGACGCUUGGAAACGAUGCAGGAGAUCAGUGUUCAAGGCUUUUAGAACUGGUGAAGGAUAUUUCUAGUCACUUGGAUGUCACAGCUCUUUGCCACAAAAUUUUCUUGCACAUCCAUGGGCUCAUAGCUGCUGACCGCUACUCCCUCUUUCUGGUCUGUGAAGACAGUUCCAAUGAGAAAUUUCUCAUCAGCAGGCUUUUUGACGUUGCUGAAGGUUCCACCUUAGAAGAAGCUUCAAACAAUGGCAUUCGCUUGGAAUGGAACAAAGGGAUUGUGGGCCAUGUGGCAGCUUUGGGCCAGCCUUUGAACAUUAAGAAUGCCUAUGAGGAUCCUCGAUUCAAUGCAGAAGUGGACCAAAUUACAGGCUAUAAGACACAGAGCAUCCUUUGUAUGCCAAUAAAGAACCAUAGAGAAGAGGUGGUUGGAGUGGCGCAAGCAAUCAAUAAGAAGUCUGGUGGUGGAGGAACAUUUACUGAGCAAGAUGAAAAGGAUUUUGCUGCAUAUCUAGCCUUUUGUGGAAUUGUUCUACACAAUGCUCAGCUGUAUGAGACCUCCCAGCUCGAAAACAGACGCAAUCAGGUUCUUCUUGAUCUUGCCAGCUUAAUAUUCGAAGAGCAGCAAUCCUUGGAAGUCAUUUUGAAGAAGAUAGCUGCCACCAUAAUCUCUUUCAUGCAAGUGCAGAAGUGCACCAUUUUUAUAGUCGACGAAGACUGUUCUGAUUCGUUUUCCAGUGUCUUUCACAUGGAAUUUGAGGAAUUAGAAGAUUCCAGUGGGAUCCACAAAAGAGACUAUGAUACAAACCAAAUUAAUUAUAUGUAUGCACAGUACGUCAAGAAUACCAUGGAGCCUCUUAACAUUCCAAAUGUUCGACAAGACAAAAGAUUUCCUUGGACUAAUGGAAGUGCAGACAGUACAAACCAGAAUAUUGAAAGUUUGCUGUGCACACCAAUUAAAAAUGGAAAGAAGAAUAAAGUGAUAGGAGUUUGUCAGCUGGCAAAUAAGAUGGAAGAAAAUUCUGGCAAAAUAAAGGCAUUCAACAGAAAUGAUGAACAGUUUCUGGAAGCUUUUGUCAUCUUCUGCGGCUUGGGUAUCCAGAACACACAGAUGUAUGAAGCUGUGGAAAGAGCCAUGGCGAAGCAGAUGGUGACAUUAGAGGUCCUUUCUUAUCAUGCUUCAGCUGCUGAAGAAGAAACUAGGGAACUUCAGGUAACAGCGGCUGCUGUUGUACCAUCUGCACAAUCUCUCAAGCUCACUGACUUCUACUUCAGUGACUUUGAGCUGUCAGACAUGGAAACUUCUCUGUGUACAGUUCGAAUGUUCACGGACCUUAACCUCGUGCAAAAUUUCCAAAUGAAACAUGAGGUCCUUUGCCGAUGGAUUUUAAGUGUGAGGAAAAAUUACCGGAAAAAUGUUGCCUAUCACAAUUGGAGACAUGCUUUUAACACAGCCCAAUGCAUGUUUGCUGCUUUAAAGUCAGGGAAAAUUCAGAACAAGCUUACUGACAUUGAGGUACUUUCUUUGCUGAUCGCAGCACUGAGCCAUGACUUAGAUCACAGAGGAGUGAACAAUUCUUACAUACAGAGAAGUGAGCACCCUCUUGCCCAGCUGUAUUGCCACUCAAUCAUGGAGCAUCAUCAUUUUGACCAGUGCCUGAUGAUCCUGAACACCCCGGGCAACCAGAUUCUUAGUGGUCUUUCUGUUGAAGAAUACAAGGCAACCCUCAAAAUGAUCAAACAAGCUAUCCUUGCCACCGAUCUUGCACUGUACAUUAAGAGAAGAGGAGAAUUUUUUGAACUUUUGAGAAAGAAGCAGUUUAACCUGGAAGACCCUUAUCAAAAGGAGUUAUUUUUGGCAAUGCUGAUGACUGCAUGUGACCUGUCAGCAAUAACAAAACCAUGGCCAGUUCAGAAACGGAUUGCUGAGCUUGUUGCUGCAGAAUUCUUUGACCAAGGAGAUAAGGAGAGAAAAGAACUCAACAUAGAACCAACUGAUUUAAUGAACAGAGAGAAGAAAAACAAAAUCCCCAGCAUGCAAGUUGGAUUCAUUGAUGCCAUCUGCUUACAACUCUAUGAGGCUCUAUCACACAUCUCUGAAGCCUGCUACCCUUUGCUCGAGGGUUGCAAGAAGAACAGGCAGAAAUGGGAAGCUUUGGCUCAGCAGCAAGAAAAUAAUCUGAUCAAUGGAGAGAGCAAUCAACCCAAGCGGAACUGAGAUAGCACUUAGAAAUGUUAAGAAAUGUUGGUUUACAGAAAUAUAUAUUUAUCUAAAGCAAUUUGAAUAUACUUAAUGUUUGGCUAGACACUGUAUGAAAUAGGUGUAUAAUUUGCCACUGCUGUAUUUUAAAUAACAAGAGACGUAUAUUUUUGCACAGCUUUCAAAAGCCUGAUGUGAACGUUUCAAUGUGUAUGAUGUAUUAUAGCUGUAUAUUUCCAAUAUUUCAUUUAUACAAGGGAGAAUAGUGAGCAGGUCCAGUUUGCUCAACUUAGCUUUUUAUGUUGGUACGGAAAGGGAGAGUUCCUAGGACUGCUUUGGAAGCCUCUUGGUUCUGAGUUGUACAUAGUUUUUUAGUUUAGGUCAGUGGCCAGUACUUUCAAGAUUACCAUGUUUGGCACCUUUUUCAUUUGUUUAUGUUGUCUGAUUUUGUAAUUAUAAAUAAUGAAAGAAUGACAUUACCAUUAGAUGCCUGAAGAUAAGAAAAAGCAUGUUAGUAAAUGUAGACUUCAGGAGCUGCUGGACCUGUGAUCUCACUGCAAAGAACGGUAGUGAUUUAGGGGAAAAUAUACUAAGCCCCAGAUUGCUGAUGGCCAGUGCCUUGAGGGAUGCACUGCCUCUCUGCUUUUCCCUGCCAUGAGAAUGCUUCAACCAAAGGAACUUGAGCAGGCCAGGACCACUGUGAGAAGUCUGCAGAUUAACUGCUUAGUGGUUCUUGGCUCAGGAAGAACCUCUCAGAUGCAAAGUUGAAAGAAAAGGAGAACAGAGACAGGGUAAGAGAUGGCUGCAUGAAUAUGGGGGCUAUUUUCAGUGUGAUGGACUUAUUCCUUAGCAGGCAAACUUCAUGGGAUCCUGCAAAGGAAACAGAGAAACAAAGGAAUAAGUGAGAUGAUGUGGAGAGGUGAAGAAAAAUGGGCCUUUUCCAGAACAUAAGAAUUGCUCUGGAUAUCAUAAAAUAGAAUCAGAUCAAAGAUAUUAGAGAUACAAAACAGCUGAGACUACUUAAAGACAACUGCUUCUAAUUGAGAGUUUUUAUGAGCGAAUUUUGGAAAGAUGAUUGUUUUUGACUUUUCAUAGGACCAUUGACUUGGAACAAUCAUAACCCCAAAGUCUUAAAACAGUAAGCACAAGUGGAAACAGCUGAGAGCACUUCAGGGAGUGCUAACUUAGAAAGAUAGCUUUAAAUAAGUCAAAGAAUAUUAGUUCAAAAGCAGUCAAAAAUUAUCUUAAAAUACAGUCUUACUGCCUACAAAACCAAGGUUUUGAUUAGUAAACUUUGUUUGUGGAUACAACUUUGGCUGCAAACAGAUGUCUGAAAGGAUCAUUUUCACAUAUGUAGUACUUUUUAGGAUAAAUGAGCACAACUGUCAAAUAUUUUGCAUUUAUUUUUGCUCAGUAUUAAAUUUUAUUUUUAGUUUUUGCAAAGCAGGAACAAGCCUUCUCUUCUUGCAGUGCUAAUGAGGAACAAGCUCCUUAUGGCUCGUUCUUCUUAGCAUAACACAAGAAUGUGAAAGAGUUCAGUUUGAAGGACCAUGAGGUUUGAGUAAGAGAUUUUGCCUAAUCUUUAUGAACAGCUAAUAUGAGCUGUCUCUUGAACAUUCCAAAUGAUUCGCUACUGGUUUUACCUCCAUAACAGGCAGAGUCACUAACCUGUGUAAUACGUGGCUGCAGUCAGAAAAAGCCUUAGAACCACUUCUUCCAUUCUAUGUAAUGGGGCUGUUGGCCUGGGAAUUGAAGUUCCAAAUGCAGGGAGCGCACAAGAUACUUGACAAUGGUGAUAUGUUUCCUUGUCAACAUUUUUGCCCACUUCCAUUUUUAUAAUCCUAGGGAUUGCUCUUUCAUAGUGUCAGACAGUAAAAUAAAAUGCACAUACCAAUGCUCAAAUAUUUAUUCAAUAAAAGUGCUACCUGACCAGUUUCUUCUGUUUUCCAUAUCCAAGGCCUAAGAGCCAUCUUGCUCUUUCAUAAAAAUCACUUGGGCCAGUCCUUCUCCCUAAUUAUGUUGCAUCAGUCUGGGAUGCAGUGUGUAAUUGCAUGUUGAAAGCUCCACCAUAUAAAAAGACUCCCUGCACAAAGGCAGUUGGCAUGACAGGUAGGUAAGUAGGCUAAAAAUAACUCUUCGACAUGCUAGCUUUCCCGUGUAAAGGGAUGUUUUAUCUUUUAGAUGGGAGUGUAUUUGAAUAUUCAGUCUACCAUCUGCAGUCUGAAGUGGCACAAUCCCGGAAGGAUCGUACUGUGCUUUUACACCUGCUAACUGCAACAGUCUCACCAUUGUACAGUUUUCUGUUGUACAGUUGUUAAUUCAAGUUAGUUGUAACUAUCAAUGAAUUCAUGUGUCUGGUUCCAAAUUUAUGUGGAUCAACUUCACUGGCAGAAGUAGGAUUUCCUUCCCCUUCCUUCCAACGCAGACCUGUCAGUUCCCUGAAAUUGCUACACACUGCUGAAUAGGGUUAGCUGAGGGGAAUCUCCAAAAAGCAAGUUUGAAGCUCUUGAUCUCAGGGAAGAAUGUUCCUUCGUCUUGAAGAAGACAGGUCCUGGAUCAAACCUAUUGUAGGUCUUCAGAAUGCAUUAUUACUGAAAUGAUGUUGCAUAUACCGAAAAGAAAUAACUCUUACCAGGCUGGAUGACUUUAUGUUUAGUGUUAAAUAUAGGUUUCUUACUAGCAGUGACAAGGUUUUACUUUUUUAUGGUAGAGCUAAUAUCUGUGCUACUAUGUCAGCGGUAUACAGUAAAAGAACAGCAAAGCAUUGAUCUCAAUAUUGUUGGUCAAGGCAUGCCUUUCUGCAGUUUAACAGUUUGGCUAAAGUUAGUGAGGAUCCAGCAUUGAUUGAUCACAGCAUUUAUUGAUCACAACAUUUUAAGGCCAAGAGUUAGCCUGGUAAAAGACAUUUUUGUUUUGCCUCCUUAGCCACUAAGUAUUCUUUAUAAUUACACAUGUACAUAAUAUAAAAAGAAUAAGAAACUUAAUGGUUGACCUUAAUAACUACUUUGUUGUGAUGCUGAUAAUAAAUCAAUAGAAUUUCAUCAGCCUCCAGCACUAAGCAGCAUUCUGAAGCUAAGUAGGUCGCUCAAUGCUCUUGGCAGAUCAGUGAAGAGAAAUGACAGCUGAUGGCAACAUACAUUUCCUCUAAGUGAAGUAUUUUAAUAUUGCCUGAUGCAUCUUAUUUGUCAUAGUAGUUCAAACAGAGAUCUCUGAGUUCUUGUAUAUUGCAGGCUACUGGAUCUGGAGUACAUACCAUUCUCUGAAAUGUGUGUCUCUCCAUAAAAGUGACUAUACCAGAUUAGAAUCUGAAUCACAUAUAUAAGGGUAUGUUAUUAAUAGUAUUUAAUAUGCUUAUUCCUAACACAUUUCAUUACCUUGUUCAUAUGGGCAAGUUGGUUAGAACACGGUUAAGUGCAAAUGUUCUUCUAGUCAAUAAAUUCACUUGUAUCUCUUCAGAUCACAGUUUAGGGACCACACCACUGCUUAAAUAUAGUUCUAAAGAAGAGCAAGACCUCUUUAGUUGUGUUUUACUUUCUUUGAUGUUGUGUGCUCAAAAGCGUUGUUGCAGCUUUCUAAAAGGCCCUGUUAAGUGACUAUAUGAAUGCACAUUAGACAUGGAACACAAUCUAAGUGACCUGUGUUCAUCCGUAAUGGAAAUCUUGAAAAUGAGGGGUCAGAUCCUAUACAUGUUUUCUAUGAAGUAAGCCCCUCUGAGUUCAAUGGUGGUUACUCCCAAAUAUGUGUCCAGAGAUUUAGGACAUGUAUAUCGGUUGUUACACUCUGAUCUUAGAUUUCAUUCAGGUUCGAAAAGGCUGUCAAGAGUUUGUUGUUGUUGUUAUUUAUGUACCACCUAGUAGCUGAGUUCAGGGAGAAUUUCUUUCCAGGAUUUCACUUCUGCAACUUAAAAGAGGCUGAAGCUACUAGUUGCCAGUCUCCAUAUUACGGCAUCCUAUGCGCUGCUGGAAGCCUCUGCCCCAAAUGAAUUGCAAAGAAAUCAGAAAGUGCACCUUUGAAAAUGUCAGCGUGGCUUGUAAAGGAAAAGUAUAAUUCUUAAGCUGAACUGAAAAGGAAGAACUUGUGUAUGUUUCUGUUUUUCAGUUGACUGUGAGGACAGAUGGCACGAGAGAUUGCUUACAUCUAGACUUAAGGGUUUUAGAUGUACAGUCUGUGGGCAUUUUGUCACUGAAAUACAUAACAUAUUGCUGUUUCCAAAGAUUCUAACCAAUGGUCUGGGUAGGUUUUGAGGUGGGAGGUGGGAUGAGCUUCAAAGUGAAGAUAGCUAUUUUAUUUUGGAUAUUAGAUUCCUAAGGAACAGUGAGCCCCAAAGUGAUAGGCGUUCAAGGGAAGCCCCUUGAACGCUUGUUUUCCCCAUGAGCUUGUGUUCUUAUGCUUAUAAGCCACUUUCUUCCUCAACAGUCAACCACUUAACAUGUGAGAAUGUGCAUCCAACUCUAAACUUACAGUAAUGAGAAACUUGAAUCUAUGGCAUUUUCUCUUUCUCAUAUGCAAGUUGUCACUUGGAGUCGUAGUCAUCCAGUGAAGACUGCAUGCGUAGAAUAGGCCUGAAAAUAGGUUAUGGCUGUUGCCAUUUCUAAGGUGUGCUAUUCUAUAGCAGGAUAUUGCAACUUAUAACAUUGAAGAAUUAGUAUUUGAUACUAGACAAAAUGUGAAAUCUUUGGUACAGAAUCUUAUCUGAAAACUUUAUUUAAGCCAGGUAUAUUUUGUAUUACUUGUAAAUAAGCACCAUGGUUUGAAAAUAUCUAUGAAUAAGCAGGUUAACUCAAUAGCUGGCUUCAACUCAGUGAAUACAGUUAGCUUUCAGUUGAUGGUAUACAUAUUGUUAUGUCUCCCAUGUGUAUCUUAAGUUGUUACAGUACUCAUUAAAUCCGACUGGGCCAAAUCUGAGACUUGUAGAGAGGAUAAGGAAGGGCUGCAGAGCAGUGACAGAGCACAUGCUUUGCAUGCAGAAGAACCAGUUCCAGGUAAAGCAAGAAAACAAAAGCCUCCUGCUUGAAACUUUGAAGAACUACCAGUUAGUGCCAGUAUUACUGGGCUGAGUAGACAAAUGGUCUGACUCACUAUCAAGCAGCUUCCAAAAUGUAUUGAUUCCAUAUCACCUCUGCUUAUUGAUAAAAGCUCUGGACCAAAUUCUCAACUUCAAUAAAAUUAACCCAGUUAUUCAGUAUGGUCAGUCAGCCCUUGUGAUUCCAUUGGGAUUUUAAAGGUGUAAUUGAAGUUAUGCAUUGACUUCUCUAAAUACCACAAAACGCAGACAUGUAUGCAUCUCUUAAGAAUGUAGUGAAAACACUGUACAUACUUGUGAAAUACAGUAUUUUAUAGUUCAUAGAAAUCCUGAACACUUUGUCACUGCUUGAUGUGUUGAGAAACUUCCACCUUUUGGAAUCAUUUGAACAAAUAUAUUUAGUUUCUAAGCGCAGUAUUUUUAUACUAGGCCAGGUCAUUUACGAUGGAUGCAUUUGGUGUUCUCUUGUAAAAGCAUCUUAACUCUGGUAAGUUUCUGAAAGCUUGACAUUCUGUUGUGUUUGAGUCACACUUUAUUUAAACUCAUUAAAAGAUUUGUCCCUUUUUAAAUGUAUUGUGCAGCCUGAGAAAGAAAAUAUUCAGCCAGGUAAUUUUCUCUAAAAUGACUCCUCAGUUGACUUCUUUGGGCUUUUUAUUAUACCAUGCUUUCUACAAUAAAUGCAAGAAGAUGGCUA